AUGGGCGACAAUGGGUGUCGGGGGGGCGAAAGUAGGAGUUUAGUGGGCGAAAGUGGGUGUCGAGGGGGCGAAUGUGGGAGUUUAGUGGGCGAAUGUGGGUGUCGAUGGGGCGAAAGUGGGAGUUUAGUGGGCGAAUGUGGGAGUUUAGUGGGCGAAUGUGGGAGUUUAGUGGGCGAAAGUGGGUGUCGAGGGGGCGAAAGUGGGAGUUUAGUGGGCGAAUGUGGGAGUUUAGUGGGCGAAUGUGGGAGUUUAAUGGGCGAAAGUGGGUGUCGAGGGGGCGAAUGUGGGAGUUUAGUGGGCGAAUGUGGGAGUUAA